GGCGCCUUUUGGAGAACUUUUUUGUUAUACCGCCUGUCGUCUGCUCAGUUGAGGAAAUAGUUCCCAAUCAAGGUUUGAAAAUUGCCAAUUAGGUUGGCCAUUUUGGGGUUUCCCUUUUGCGCCCGCUUUCCGUCGAAGCUAAAAUCGAAACAAAGAUGGAAAGAUGAAGUGUCUCGGAAGAGAGAUCACCUGUCCUUCACAAAGGUUAAUGCGAUUGAUACGGGGCCAAACGCACAGCGUUACAUUUGUGCUGUGUAUAUGCUUCUCUUUACAACGCACCAACACACACACAUACAACCUUUGUGGCGUGUUUACCGGCUUUUCCCUUCCGUUAGAUUAUGCUCUGACGAUGCUCACAGACACCCAUGCGUUGUUUGUUGAUCAAAGGGGGGAAGUGUUCUCACAUCGCACACACACAUACACAGAGAAAUGUGUUGUUGUUGAUUUGAAUUGAAAAAAUGAAGAUAUUUUUUCUACGUUUCUUGGUUUGUGUGACUGAUAUAGAAAGAGAGAGCUGGUGUGUAGUGCUGAUAACGUACACAUACCACCCGGCCAAGCGGCCUAGUGGGGUGGUAAAUUACAAUACCAACAAACGUAAAAUAGCGCAUCUAUUUUAAUACGGCGAUAAAGCUGUAUAAGCGCGUUGUUGUGGUGGAAGUUGUUGUUUUUUUGGGGCCUUUUUGAGCACGUGGCGAGACGAUAGAUUGGUAUAUUUUGAAAGCAAAACAUGUUCUGUUGGGCGACACAAAAACUACGAUAACGUAAAAACGACUACAGCAUGUUACUGUUUGUUUUACAUUAUCCGUCGCUUCCGAAUUAAUUGUUGGAGUUCUAAUUCUUAGUAAACUGGAACUGUUUAACCUCGCCGCAAGCAAAAGAAGAACAGCCGUUGAAGCUGAAAAGCUGCAGACGGCUGUGUGUCACAUUUACAUAAACGCAACUCCCUCUCCCUUUGCGAAGCGUAUUCAAUUGUUAUUUACAUCUCACUGACGCAGAGCUCUGCAUGAAUCAUUUGCGUAAACGCCACACGCGCAAUAAACACGUGGCCCUGAACGGUGCCGCACGUGUUGCGUAUCGUUCCAAAAGUGUUUCACCUUAACGCGAAACCACACGGUGCAGCACAGAGUAACGCUCAUUUGAUAAGGCUUCCCGAAAGUGAUCUUUUCCUGCAUCUCAACGAAGCGGCGCUGGCCGACAGUGGGUUCGCGAUACAGUUUGCGCUCGUGUUCGCUUCCCGGCAGCUGGGCGACGUUCCGAUCGGAGGCACGAACGUGCGCAACGCCAUGAUCACCACGCUGCAGCACAACUUUCUCGCGAUCGAGCGGCUGAAGCAGGAGGGCGGGGAACGGUUCCACAACUCGAUCAUACUGCUCGGCGAGUACUACCAUCGCAAGAUGGUGGGCCAUGGUUGUCGUAUUAAGAUUCUCGGCCAAUCGUUGCUACUGCUGCUGACGUCCGAGCUGGAGCAGGAGAUAAACCGGAUCUGCCAGCAGCCGGCGUCCGCGCAUCGGUUGGAUCCAAAGUUUGCCAAGGUGCUGCUGCAGCAAAUCACACUGAACGGGACGGUUUGGAAGGAGGUGCACCAGAAGGAGGCGAACGAUCUGCUGUACACGAUGCGGAAAGCGUUGAUUGUGAUACCGAAUCUGUGUGCGCCGGCGAAAGCCUUCCUGCUGAUGGCGCUCGAUCUGUACAGCGGUAGCCUGGGCAACGAAUUGCUCGACAAGCUGUACGGGAAGUAUCUUACCGAGCCGAGCAAGGAGGCCGAGCAAGCCGCUGUGAAUGGAGGCACAUCAAAUGGUCCUACUGAUCCGCCCAGUAGUGCGCACAAUCAAUCGGCGAUCAAUGGUGAAAAGAGUGUGGAAAAGCAGGCGAAAAAAGAUUCCCAAAAGGACACAGCGGUACAGCAGAAGCCAAAGGGAAGCAAAUCCAACGCACCAUCGGGCCGCUCCACGGGCGGUGGAAAAGCCGCCAACCAGAACCUCACCACAAACGAUAAGGAAAACAAGCGCCGUACCACGCAAACGACGAAGGCAGCUCCGGCAGCGCAGAAAACUUCCCCGAAAGCAUCCACCGGACGUUCGAUUCGGGUGCACGAGGACGGCAACAUUGUGGCCACCAUUGUGACGCGUGACGCUCCAACAACGCCGACCAAGAAACAUCUCCCCGCCGCAGCAACGCAACCUGCUCCAGUGCCAAAUGCCGCCAGCCCACGCUCUCCAACGAAAAAGGGACUAUCGCCGCGCAUGGAAAAGCUGGCAGCACUGCCCAAGAUCACCAUCACCUGUGCGACACCUUCGCCGAAACGGACGCAGGACAAGCCCCCAUCGGCCGUAUCGCCCCGUGCCGUGCUGGGACCAUCGAUAGGCAAACAGAAGCCACACCAGCCGCCGAAAAGUCCCACCCACAGCCGCGAGGGACAGCAGUACGGAGUGAGGAACGUGUCGGAAGCUUCCCGUGGGCGACAGGACCGUGCUCGCGGCGCUGCGGCCACUGGCAAAGAAGCGACGGUGCGAGUUGUUGAAGCCAUUUCCCCAGUGGGCGUUAAUCCGCCGAAUGAAACACGUUCACAACACGAAACAAGGGUCGAGGAACCGCAACCGAUUGUGCUUCCCGAAUCGCCAAAGCGUUACGAUUGGUCCGAUCCGACGCCAGUCGAUCCUACACAAAGUUGGAGCUACGUUCCACCACCACCAUCACGACCGGAGCAGCCUAGCAAGACGGUCGAAUGUGCGACAAUCGAACCGGCUAGACACGAUCUUACCCCCAGCGACGAACCCGGCACGAAAAAGACGGACGACUCAACCGGUGCUGGAGACGUAUCGAAACCGAAACACAAGGUGAAACCUUCCUACUUGCGGGAGGAAAAUGUGGAAAAUCUCUCCUGGGACGUGCUGAUUCCGCUGGAGGACGAAUCGCCCCAGAAGGUGAACCCGCACACCAAAUCGUUCCUAUCGUUUUUGGCCAGUGAAUGAACGCGGUGAGGGUGGUCCCUUAAAUAGUAUUCCCCUAGCAGCAAAAAAACGGAUUGUAUAAUAAUGGUACCUUAGACAUGUUAAGC